AUGCCCUCCGCCUGUGGUUGCUGCGAUGUGCGGCGAGUCGCUGCAAUUUUCACAGCUGCCUUUGCUGCAUACUUCCUGUAUCUUGGUGAUUGCUUUGCAGCGGUGGACAGAGUCCCGAAGAAGGUGGCAGCUGCUGAUGUGAUUGCACGCCAAGCGGAAUUCUGCCAAGACUUGAAGCAUCGUGGCUUUGCAAUCGUCCGACUGUCGGACCUGAGAGAAAGGCGGAAGGAAGCCCUUGCAUGGUUGGAGGGUUUGGCAGAGACGGAUCCAAAUCUUCCUGCAGACGUCGGUCUUUCUGAUGACCUUGUGCGAUACCAACGGGUUGACUUUCCGAGAGCCGUUCAGAGAUUGGAUGUCACUGCAGCUGUAAGUGGAGCACUCGCAGAUCCAGGAGCUGAAGCAACCGUGGGACUGGCGGCAGAUUUGCAUGCACUGUCUCUGACGUGCUUGACGGCAGUGGCACAGCAUGAAAAUUUGCCAGAGCUCCUAAGCCUCGUUGCAGACCCGCCAGAGCCUCUAAAUUGCGCGAAGGAGCCAAGCAUCAUGCGAGCAAAUAUCUACGGUGGGCAAGACGGAGCCGGACCUUGCUGGCACCUGGAUCUGGGAUUGCUGACGGUUGCUCCUGCAGGGUCGUGGCCGGCUCUGAUGGCUUCUCCAUUUCAUGAUGCAAUCGGAGAGACUGCUUUUCUGGAAGAGCUUUUGGACCCAGACCGAGAUGUGCUCGUUUUUGCCGGUACUGCCCUGGUCCUUGCCACUGCAGCAGCUUACACCGGACUGGUCCAUGGUGUAUCGGCUGGCCGCCUAAAGCAAGGACGCGCACGUGUUUCCGUGCCUUACUUUCUGCGGCCCCGAAGUGGAGCCGUGUUGGAGAAGCCGCCGUGGUGUGAUGAGAGUUUGGCUUAUUUGUAUCCAGCCGCCGUCCAACCUCAAGGUGGGGUGCAUAUGGGGCAACCUAUGUUGGAUCUCUUGCGCUUUCACCGAGACUUGUACGGGCGGCUUUGUGCACGUGGCCAAGUUGUUCCGCUUUCCGCUUUUGCUGCAGAAGAUUUGCGGCAGAAAGUGCGACAAGAUUUUUACUUGUGA